AUGUCUUUAAAUAGUCAAAAUCAAUCUUUAUUAUUUACCAAUCCUUCAGAUUUCAUUCAAACGAUAGCAGCUCUUCAUGAAAAAAAAAUUAAAGAAGGUAAAUUGGAUAUGGGAUUAUUGACUAUUGAUACAUCAUCUUCUGAGGAUAUGGUUGUCACAAAACAAAAAGUUAAUGAUAAUAAUCAGUGUCAACAUGGUAAUAAUAAUAAUAAUAAUAUUGUCACAACAUCAACUAAAACACCAUUAGAAGAUUGUAGUAAUAAGGAUGAAGAAGCAUCAAGUGAUAAAGGAAAUAUAACUAAUGACUGUUCAUCAUCUGUUGGUUCAUCAACUUCACCAUCAACACCAAAAAGUGCUAGUCAUGAGGAUAGUAGAAUUCAGGAACAUCCUAUUACAUCACCUGUUAUUGAAAAUUGUAAUAAAAUUAUUAACAGAAAACGUAAAGCGGAUGAGGGAGAUGAUAUUACUCAUCUACUUAAGGAAGAUUCUAGAAAAAUUCUUGAUCAUCAAAAAGAAUUACCAUCAUCACCAGAAAGUUUAAUUAAAUCUCCAACUCUUCCAACAAUUAAAGAAAAUGAUAAUAAUUGUGAUCAAUUAUUUAAACAAACACCUGAUGAUAAUGAUUCUUUUUUAUCUUCUUUGGCAUCUCGAUCAUACUCACCAACAACACUUCAACUAGUUCGUAAUAAUAAAGGAGAUGGAGGUAAACUUACAUGCCCAACACCAGGUUGUGAUGGAUCUGGUCAUCAAACAGGCUUAUAUACACAUCACCGAAGUUUAUCAGGAUGCCCAAGGAGACCAGAUAAAAAUACAAUUCAAUUACUUGCACUUCAACAGGAUACCAUUCUUCGUUGUACAACACCAGGAUGUACAGGAAAAGGACAUGUCAAUUCAAAUAGAUCAUCACAUAGAUCACUUUCUGGAUGCCCAAUAGCUUAUCAACAAAAAUUGGCAAGAAGAGGUAAAGCAAGAUUAUCAUUAAAUGGAAGUAUGAAUGGUUCUAUGAAUACAUCAACAAGCCCAUUAAAUGAUUCUAAUAAUCUUUUAAAAAUUAAACAAGAAACAUUUAAUAAGUCUUUUGAUAAAUCAUUCCAAUCACUUACCUCUCUACCAACAUUGCCUUUAGAUUUAAGAAUGAAAACUUUUGAGGAACUUCGUAAACAACAAGAACAAGUAAAAAAUGAGGAAGAUAAAGUUAGAGAAUUAAAUCAAAAUAAUAUUUUUGAUAUUGAAACUGUUAAACGUAUGAAGAAUGACUUUAUUCCACAACAAUUUCCAAUGCAUAAUUCAUUCCUUCAGGAGGCACUUUUACGCCUCUCAACAACAGGUGGACCAACAAAUCAAGGAUAUGUUCCUGGAGUUGGAACAGGUAUGUCUCCUGAAAAUCUUCAACAACAACUUACAGUAUUUGCUUUAGCUUCUCAAAAUGCAACAAAUCAUUUAUGGAUUCAAAAAUAUUUUGAAAGUAUUAUGUCAACACAAUUUGCCUCAUUACAAGCAGCAGCUUUUGCAGCUGUUAAUGCCUCAACAGCAACAAUGAAUUUCCCAUUAAUUCCUGGUAUCUUAAAUAAUAGUAUUAAUAAAGGUACACCAUCACCAUCAUUAAUUCCUCCAAUAGGAGAUCCACAACAAUUACAAUUUUUAUUUAGUGGUUUAAAAAAUCAAGGAAUUAUCAAACAGGAAUCUGAAAUGACAUCUCCUAAUGGUAAUAAUAAUGAUGGUGAAAUAAAUAAAGAAAUUGCUGGUUAA